CCUUGGCAAAUAGCGCGCCGACGGUCCGCGUAUAUAGGCUCCCUAAUGUUGCAUCGUCACUGCAAAUCCAAGCCUUUGAUUCCAAAAGGUGCGCCCACAAUGGAGGAGGGUUCUUCUUCUGCCUCACUGCCGCCGUCUGAUUCCAUUCCGACCACCACCGCCACCGCUGCCAGCUUCCUCUCCGACCUCCCUUCUCGCGGCCUCUUCUCUUCUACCGCCGUUUCUUCUUCUAAUUUGGGUGGCAUGCGAAUUUACAUCUGUGAUCAUGAUACAGCACCCCCAGAGAACCAAGUAAUAAAGACGGAUCAGAUGAACAUAUUGAUCAGAUCACUUACUUUGAAGAAGCAACAGGGUGAAGUGACUGAUGGCUCAAGAAAGAGAGCUUCUGAUAGAUCUGCUGAUGGAAGGGCUUCAGCGAAAAGGGCAAUGACUGGUAGUCAGAAUAAGGGUGCAUCGAGUAGUCGUGCUGCAGAUAGAAAUUUUCAGGGUCUGACUGUGGAGAGGCUUCGGGCACUUCUGAAGGAAAAAGGACUUUCUUCCAAAGGGAAGAAGGAUGAGCUGAUUGAACGCCUGCGGAAUGCAAGUAAAUGAUUCUUUGAUUGGAGAGGGAAGUAGAAUCGCUUAUUGCAAAGGUGUAUACGCUGGUGCCAGGGGAGCUCAUUGACAGUGCAACUUCUAUCUUAUUAAGUUGAUCAUAGAAGGUUAUGUUUCCGGUGUAGUAUUUUGUGUUUUAUGUGCAUAUAUCUUGUAUUAGGGAUGGGACUCUAUUUGUUACAACUAUUGCCAAAGAACCAUUGCUUAGCACAAAUACCUGUGCUUUGGUGUGUCUUACUAACAGGUCUGUGAUUCCGGAUUUUUCACAAGGAACUAUGCUCUACCUUAUGUAGCUUUGAUUGGGUCAUGCAUAUUUCUAAGCAUCUAGGUUUUGCAACACAAACUUUCAGAGGGUUUAAUGUUUUGUUUGUGAAGUAGAAUUUUGAUUUUAGACAUCUACUAGAUUGCCAUAAGUCCUAAAGUAGAACAUAUUUUUGAAAGGAAAACUCGUACCAACCA